AGAUUUCCCGGGAGGGGAAUCUGAACGCAGGCAUGCAUGGGAGCCAUCCCUUCUACGCGCUGUUAGCGUGCUGCAAAUAUAACUGAAUCGGUAUUCCUGUGCGGAAUGUGUGUGCGGUGUAACCUUUCAGGAAGUGUGGCGAGAUGAAUACGGAAGAACUUUGCAGUAUUAGUAUUUUUCCAUUAGUCACAACUCCGUUCGCGGUACAAUGGUCGGCCGACAAUCAGAUCUCGUUAAUUACAGAAAAAGGCGUUCACAUAUUGGAACUGCAACCUUCUCCCAUGUCUCCCAAUCCUAUUGUCAAGUUUUCCCGCUCCUUCGUCAAUCCCUCCGAUAUUUUGCCAGCAUGUGCAUUUGUAAAUGAGAUAGAAUCCUUGAUAUGGAAGCAGGAACGCGAAAAGAUGUACUCUCUUCUCAUGGAGGAGGCGAUCACACCAAAGUUGGAUGGUGUAAAUGAGAUUGUCAUCAGAGUAACCAAAGUUGAAUGGUCACCCAAAAACUUAAUCUCUCCAAAUCAAUGUGCAUUGGCCAUACUGACUACAGCAGGAGCAGUGGAGCUGUUGCAUAAAGUCUCCAACGAGUGGUACUCGAUAUGUGAUAUCUCAGCACUCCAGUUGGAUAUUGUGCAGGCAGGGAUCAAAUCUAGUCUGAAUAAAUGUAUGAACUCACCUAGCAAUCUGAACAAUGUGACAACUGAGAACAUGAGACAGCUGCAAGCUUGCUCUAUGGCAUGGAGCGAGCUUUUCAAGAUGGGUAAGGCCUCCUUUGCAUACUUUGCUGUAGCUUACCGCAGUAGUGAUAUAUCGAUCUGGAGGAUUCCCAGAAUCACAGAUUUCAUGGUGAGCUUGCAAGCCACAUUAGUUGGUAGAUUAGAGCUGAAGACUAGUGUGAGAAUCAACAUGCUACGCUGGAUUAGUGCCAGCGCGAAUGAACAUUUGCUUGUUGUUGGAUAUGUUGACGGUCGAAUAUAUGGCAUAAAGUUGACGUGUGACUCUGAUAAGUUUGAGAUCGAGUUCAUAGAGAAAUAUAUUAGUGACGAUCGCAUAGCAAUAAAUUAUUUUCACAUUGUUCACAAAGAUAAGUUACGCAUCAAGAUUCUUGUUGCUAAAGGGAUUUAUCUUUUAUUGUUGUGCAUAAAUUGGACUGGAUCGUUAAAGAGUGUGCAGCAUCUACGAACAGAAGGAUUCAGUAUUACAGGUUUAAGCCCUAUUACUGCUCAGCGUUUUUUAAUUGGCACACAGAAUGCUCACAUUUUCAUUGUUGACACACAGUCGGACAAUUUAGUGUGUACUGAUAUUACAAGUCACUUACCGCAGACGCGUGUCCAAUACUUAGGACUUGCUCACUCGCCAAAUAGAGUAAUGUUUUUAAAUAUAACCAGCCCGAAUAUGGUUUAUGAUCAUUUGGUAAUGAGGGAGCCAAGUACAAUACACAUAUUCACUUUGAAAGGCGUGGAGUGGGAUCCGUUAUCCGUCAUUAAUAACAGUACAAGUCUUCAAGAUAUUUGGGACUGCAUGGAGAUGCUCCGAGUAAAAGCCGCUAAAGCGGAGGAUCCGACUAUGGUGUUAUGUCCGACGACGAAUAAGUCGGAAUCGCUGUAUAACUUGCAAAUUUCAAUGUGGAUGACUGUGAUGGUUGAUGUAUGUAAAGUGAAAAAGCCAAUUCCGAAUAUGGAUCACAUAAGGCAGAGUAAGAUAUCGCGAGAAUUCCCGCUAAUCUUUAUACAUUCCACUUGCACGUAUCUUGAGAAUUUGAAGAAAAAGAUGACGCUGUCGAACGAUCAGAAGCUUGUUAUAAGUUUACUGAGGAAGUAUCUGAAAACGUAUCUCGCGGAUGAAGACUACGACGAGAAAAACGAGAGCGAGGAGAGGGAUAAGAAGAAGGAGAGAGACAUGAGGGAGGAGAAAGUGCGUCAAUAUGCUCAGGAAACAUUGAAAGCAACCGCGUCCUACACCGCAUUGGUCGAAAAGUGCAGCUUAUGCGAUGAGACGAUAAAUGAACUCUCGUGGAACGUUACGUCGUGCCCGUCGGGUCAUAAGUUACCCAGGUGUGCGAUAACAUUACUGCAAAUAACGUCGUUGGAGUAUCGGGUCUGUCGGAUAUGUGGACAGAUGUUUCAUUUGUGCCUGGACCAAGUGAGUCAGGAACCGUGCUGUCAGUUUUGCGAUAUCCCUCUUUUACAUAAUGAGUACGCUCUCGACGUGGAGGAGUCAAAGUUGUACGGGAAAAAUUUGUCGCAGCUACAAGUUAACGUCACGGAAUCGUCGAAGGAGCAAGAACUAGAAGAGCCGCACGAGAAGAGCCAACGUAAGAACAAGUGGAAUACUACGGAUACGUACGCGGUAGUUGUGAAUAAUGGCGACGAGUCAAGUAAUAUUACAGAGACGUGGAAGAAAUUUUAAUGGCUAUGCAAAGCAAUUGUAAAUAUAGGAUUCUAAAUGUAAAUAAUAGUUUCUGAUUUUUGUUGGUUAAAUGAUAUUUGUUAGUCAAAUAUAUUUAUUUCAUAUGCAGGAUCACUAAAAA